UAGCUAGCUUUUAAGUCGACUGUUCAGCUCUUAUUAAUAUAAAAUAAGCAAAUGACCAAUUUUAAAAUACGGAACGCUGAAUCCAAAGAUGUGCCUGACAUACUGCGAAUGAUAAAGGAACUGGCUAAAUAUGAAYAAAUGGAAGACSAAGUGAAACUGACUGAGGAAGAUCUGCUCGAGGACGGAUUCGGUGACUAUCCAUUAUACCYCUGUGUCGUGGCAGAAGUCCCCAGUGAGCAGCAGAGCAACAACGGUCCUGUGGUGAUUGGGUUUGCCAUGUACUACUUCACCUAUGACCCCUGGAUUGGCAAGCUGCUUUACCUGGAAGACUUCUUUGUCAUGGAAAAGUACAGGGAGAUUGGCAUUGGCUCAGAGAUCCUCAAGCUCCUCAGUGACAUGGCAUUCAAGACUCGCUGCAACAGCAUGCACUUCGUCGUCGCCGAGGGCAACACGGAGUCAAUAGAGUUCUACAAGCGUCGUGGGGCGGCCGACAUCACUCUGGAUGAGGGAUGGAGACUCUUCAAGAUCAACAAGAGCUCCCUCUUCAAGAUGUCCUCCGGCUCCAAAGAGUGAGCUGGCCCCAAGACACAUAGAAAGAUGGGGACAAGAGUGACAGACUUGGUCAAUUUAUUUUAAAUUACUUAAUUAUUUGCCUGUCUUUCACUUCAGCGGUGGGGGGUGUGACUCUGACAGUAGAUUAUUAUUAUUAUUAUUAUUAUUAAAAUGGGCAUUAAGCAUGUGUGUGCACCAACUUUCUCAAUCUAGUCAAUCAUUUAGGUCACGUAUUUUAUCUGAAMCCAUCGUUUUAGUAGUUGUAGUUUUUAAUCAACGCACCUUAGGAUUCCUAGUGUUCUCUCAGUUCUGCUAAUCAACAGACCUUAMGAUUCCUAGCGUUCUGUUUCAUUAUUGACCAAUAUAUUUUACUAUUCUAUAAUACAGWGAUUUUUUUUCUCUGUA